GCAGUGUAGUUUUUUCACAAAAGAAAACCAAGAUGGCUGCACAUUCAGGAGGAGUAGAUUGGGCUGCCGUUUUAAAGCCGUUUUUAGGCAGUUCAAGUGAAAAUGUUAGCAAAAACGAUGUGCUCAGUUUAGUGAAAACCAUCAUCCAAAGUGAAAAUGAAAUUCUCGACCAUGACGCCGGCCACAAGCAGUUUUUCGACAGCUUUGUCGUGUUGGCAGCAGAAAAUCUCACCAACCAAGUCACGUCACUUUCGCAAACACAGCUUCCGCAAAUUGCCGAAGCGGCCACCGUCCUGAUUCGCUACAUCCUGCAACAUCUGGACACGCAAGCACCGAACAAGCCCAGCAUUCUGCUGAUGGCUCUCAAAGUUCUAUGCGAAGGCCGCAAGGAAUCGGAACAUUCGACAAGCAACACAUCGGCCUCGUCCAUUAUCUCCGCGUCCGGAAUGAAAUAUCUGAAGUAUCCGGAAGUGCACGGCAAAUCGCCCUCGGUGGGCAGUGGCGGUGGACCGUCCGGUGUCGUUGUAAGUUCCGGCGGAAGCGGAUCGGAGAAAGAAAGCCCCAAAAGCGAAAUGAAACGCUCGCGGUCGGAUCUAUCGACCGUAAUCCUGCAACAGCUCACCACUCCGCUCGGUGCUGGAGUGUUCACAUUUGCUGCACUCAGCGAGGAGCAAAUCGAUUGCACGGAACUUUUCGUCAAAUCAAACCUACAAUGUCUACAAGCCACCAACGGAGGAGAUCUGCUCUUCAAGUGGUGUACCAACUCCUUGCCCACGUUGGCUAAGUACCGCACAAAGUAUGAGGAAUGCACCGUUCAAGGAAAACCCCUAUACCUACCGAUUACAACUGUGGAAGCCGGAGCUGUCAAAGCCAACCUUUCACACAUCGAAUCAGAUAUUUCCAACAUGCUGCUCGCGGUUUCGUUGCCACUUGUUGAACCACUGACCCCGACCAAGAUUGCACUUCUCUCCCAGUGUGCUAUGUCCGCCUUGUAUUGCGCCGUUCUAACGUCAACAGCGAUCAGCGUUUUGGCAAUGGCCGCUAGUGGUUCGCAGAAAAGUGCGUCAUCCACACAACUGCAGCAGAAGGAACAACAAUCGUCAAGCAAUCAGUCACAGAAGGAAAGCGAUGAUGAAGAAGAUUACGCCCGAAUUGUGGUGGAUCGCGCUUUGGAGAUAUUCACCAAGAUUGGUACCAUUUUGAAAAACUCCACCCGAACUCAUAUUUAUCAGAAUCACGUCUGUAUGGGAGCAUGGUUGUUGAUAUCCGGAAUCCAAGGAACCAUGGGCGCUUCUGGAAAUCCCAGUGGCAGCACUGUCCAACAGACGGCUUCUGUAAAAACUUCCGAAGAAAGCUUGAAAGGAAGAAGCCCUUUGAAAACGCUCGACGUGCCCCAAAUGGCCUCAACGGCAGCACCGACGCCUGCUUUACGUGUGAAUCUGUUCAAAGUUCAACAAGGCUUCGGAGUACUUAACGCGGCAAUUGCUCGACACAGUAUCACGCUCCUGACUGAGCUGAUCGAUGAUUUGAAGAUUGACUCACGUUCAGACGAUGAGGAAUACAGUAGCAUUGAGUCUGCAGGAUUCGACAUCCUCGGCCAAUAUACAUCCAUACAAAGAGUCGUUCGCGUUUUGAACAGCGCCACCUUACAACAACUAAUGACCUUCUUGGCGACUGUAUCAUAUCGAAAGGCAUGUACCCUGCGUAGAAUAAACACCAAGAACACGAACGAAGGUGAACCCAUGAGUUACAGCGACUCGACGACGUAUUACAAUGAUACUUUCUCAUGUUCCGAAGAAAGCGAACCGGAGGAGGAAGACAGCGACAGCUACCUGGGCCUUUGGUUCAAGGAAACACUUUCUCCUGAAGCCAAUGAAGAAAUGACCGAAUCACAGGAGCAGGAGAAGAAAGACGAAAAGCGUCACGGAAGCAACCUUGUUCCAGCCAAGGACGAACCACACGAAUAUCUCAACUUGAGUUCUUUGAUUUUCAACUUCUUUGACACGUCGCUUGGCGGUCAUCAUAUCUAUCUGAAUCGCUACGUGAGAACCGGUCUAAGCGAGCAACAGAUGGUGUUACUUGCUAACAUUCUCCGUGAUCUUGAUCGCGACUCGGCUCGAGGUGAUCCAGAAAACUCCGGCUGCCUCCAGUGGCAAAACGCCAUGGUCAAAUUCUCCGGUGCAGUUGGACGUUAUCUCCACAAUUUAAUAUCCAACUCCUUGCUAAACGAAUCGCUGCAAUCAGCUCUUCUGCUUCAUCUCGGUGUUUCACCAUGGACUCAGGAUUCCAACAUCUGGCCGCUUCAGGUUUACUCCAGAACAUUAGCCGUGCUCGUUCAGAUACUUCUGCUGAAACCAUCGCAAGAAAAGGAAGCAGCUUGCCUCUCAGUUUGGCAUCGCCUAGUGAACACACUUGUCGAAGGAGUCUGUUCAAACCAGAUGAUCCCGACGGAAUCCGAAAUCGAAGAUCUCAACGUAGAGCAUGCACAACUGCUACUGUUUUUGUUCCACUCCCUGAACCUUAUGCAGAAGAAAUCCAUCUUACUGCUUACUGCCGGAGGUGUGAUUCGUUGCUCCGAAGUUUGUCGCUCCGUAACUCCAGAGAAGCCGUUACGUGACCACCAAAUUAUGCUUUUAUCGAGAUUGUUGCUGUUCCUGGAAUAUCUCAUGAAACACUUGUACAAUCCUCCGAACGUGCUGCUCGAGCAGGUCCGUUGGAACCUUUUCAGCGUGUUCACAUUGGAUUCCGAGCAAAAAAUUGCCGAUCUCAUCAAUUAUAAAACCAAAAUGAUGUCCUUCUGCCGCAAAGACAUCGAAGACAAGCACCGCAAGCUGGCCAAUGAAUUCAGCGUCAGCGGAGUCAAGCCGAAGUUCUACUCGUUGACCACGGUAGACACGAAAAUUCAACAGGAAUUCAAACUAGACGGUCUGGCGUGGAAUUUCAUCUUGUGCACUCCGGACAAGCUCAAAUACCCCUGGUUGAUCGACGCGCUCAUCGACAUUCUCAGCAUCACGGAUAUGUGCCUGGCGAAAAUUCCCUUCCAAACGCUCUGUGCGGUGCACUACUGCUUCAGUCUGUGCUGGAAGCUGUUACUCGGACUGCCACCUUCGACGCAGCAUGUGGAGGCUCUGAUGCAGGAAAAGGUUCCCAAUUUGCACUCGCUGUUGUGGUCGAUCCGCUGCUUGCAUCCGAUCACCCAUUCGCACUAUCUGAUUGUUAACAGUUUGGUCAAACAGGGCAUGUAUACACAAUCGGCGGAGGCGCUGUGGAAUCGUCUUACGGACCAUGUAUCAGAUAUGAAGUACAGCUUGAAGCUAACGGUGCUUGGUCUGGAAUCUUUUGCUAGCUCGUUCAAUCCGGAGCAACCACGUCUGUCCAAGAUUAUCCUACUGGACAGCUUAGUAUCGCAUCUUUACGCCAUCUGUUGGGCCGAAAAGGAAGGGGUCAACAUUAAAACCAAAUCGACGAAUAACAGCAGCAGCUCGUCCAGCAGUACCAGCAGCAGCAGUUCAACCAGCAGCAACAGCAGCUCGACGUCGUCCAGCUCCAACGCUAGCGAUUCUAGUGUGGCUAGCGGAGGACAACAACUCACCGUUACAACUGGAGCAGCUACAACCGCCGAUGCUUCCAGCACCACUGGCCCGGGAAUGGAAACGGUCAAGAUGGCAUCUAGGAAUGAUCUCACUCGUAAUUUGAUGUCAAAGUUGAUGGAAGUUCUCGAGAUAGUGAAGGAAGCAACCUACAAGACGAUGUUCCAGAAUCUGAGUGGACAGAUUCCUGCUUCACUGAUUGAGCCACUGAUCGCCAUAUGUGGUUCGAAGAACACAUUCUGUCAAGAUUUAUCCGGCCAACUGGUGGCCUUGAUCACUGGUCAGGACAAGGACGUAAUCUCUGUGGAAUGGCGUAAGAAUCUUACUAUAGGUAGUGAGGACAACUUUACCAGUGGAUCAUUCCCUGUUGAAGUGCACACCUUAACUGUCAUCGAUGGCCAUUUGACGGAAACAUCGAAGCACCUGUCCUAUUCGAUCCUACUGUCACUGAAGCACGCUUUGAAGUCAUGCGUCAACUUAAUUUACUACAUGCUACCGAACUACGACGACAAACAGCUCGACGAAGAGCUAAAAGAGAUUCUUAUCCCUAUGAUUUUUGAUCUUCGGGCAGAAUAUCUGUAUGAUGUGGUCAACAAAUGUCUGGAAUCACUGCUAGGUGGUGAUUCGAAUUCGGAAACCUAUCAACUGUUGGCAUAUUCAAACAUUCUUCGUCGUAGUUAUCAAUUUUUGAUCGAAUACACGGAAUUAUCCGCCCAAGGACAAACAGUUAACAUUGACGAAACUGUACUUCACAACAUCAUCAAAUUCUGGGAAACGAUGUUGGAUAAAACCAUCGGACUGAAAGCCAUGCGAGAGUUCUUCUACGAGAGCAAAAAGGGCAAUCUGGUGCAAAUUUUGCUCUCAUUCACGGGCACGAACCUGUCCCAGAAGUAUUCAACAAAAGUUCUUCAAUUCUUCGAGAAAUUAUUCGCCGCUUCGGAGAAACUCGAUGCCCAAUUCGACGAGGAAGAAGUGAGUAGCUGCAUUGCUGAACUUGUGAACGCCGAUGCACCGAAACUCAAAAGCUGGUUGAGUCACAUUCUGCUCGGUCCUAGAGGAGCCAGCCUAACCACUGGGGGAUCGAAUGCAUCAAGUAACGUACCAACCCCAACCAACAUGGCGACCGUGUCGGCGAUUCCGAGCAUCACUGAUCAAUUGGCCGUUUCAGCCACUUCUGAUAACAAUACCGCCAACAAUGCUUCGGUGGGAGGCGAUCCGGAUGCCAUGGACAUUGAUUACGAGUGCAUGGCUAUGCCCUGGCAGAGGGAGAUGAGUCGUACCGGAAACGAUACCGUAGAUGAAGCUCUGGAGAAAAACGGCAAACUUUUGCAAGCUUUGGUAAAAUACAUUGUCGCAGAGAACAGAAUCGCACAGUCUGUCUCUGAAUCUCUGUUCCAGGCUUUGAUUCAAAUCGGACACAAUUUGCUAUGUCCCGUUCAAGAAGCUAUCGAGUUUGCCGAUUUGCUGCAGGUCAUGAUUACAUUGGCUGACGCUGGAAAAGGCCGUGGCCACGCAAUGCUGUUUACGGCAGCUAUCGAUUGGCUGGAGAUCUCCAAGAAUCAAGUACUGGAAGGUAAAUCAUCCAAAAGUGGAUCAAAGGCUGCGGUUCAACUGGAGAAUGUAACUGCCAUUUUGAAAUACAUGAGCGAUCUGCUGCAAGGUUUGGGAUCAAAUGGAAGCCGUUCUAUCAAUCCUCCAUGGGACGACGAAACACCACUUGAUGCGGAAGAUAUUCUGGAUGAUCUCGGAGGCGAUGACGAUGAUAGUGCUGUAGAAGAUUCUGACGAAGACAGUCUCAGCAAUAAGCUUUGCACUUUCUCGAUAACCCAGAAAGAUUUUAUGAAUCAGCACUGGUACUACUGUCACACAUGCAAAAUGGUUGACGGCGUUGGUGUCUGUUCUGUUUGCGCCCGAGUUUGUCACAAAAACCACGACAUCAGCUAUGCUAAGUAUGGCAACUUCUUCUGUGACUGCGGGGCAAAGGAAGAUGGAUCUUGCCAAGCCUUGUCACGAAGAAGUAAUUCAGGGCAUGGCGAAGAUUCGAUUCUGGGAUCAGCGAUGCCAAGAUCAUCCGAUGCUGAUUCUGUCUUGUUGACAAGUUCAUUGAGACGUAGAGCAUCAAGCCCAACCGGACAACCGAACCAGCCUGGAAUCAGUCAAAUGUCCGAAAAGGAACAACUGCUGGCGAAAAUCAUCGAAAGCUCCAAGGAAGCUUUAAGCAAUCCCGAUCAAUGGAAAGUCGUUGUAAAGAGUAUUUUGUCGUUCUUCAACUCGAUAAUGCCAACGAUCAAGGAUCACUGCGCCAAAUAUUCCACAGUGGGAUGUCAUCUUCGCGCUCGCAACGCUUUAGAACGUCUGCAUCAACCAGAAAAGUCAUACUCCUUCAGUGAUCAGAUUAUGGUCGCCACCCUUGGGUCGCAAGAAGGAGCAUUCGAGAAUGUCCGGAUGAAUUUCUCCGGAGAGCAAGGGCAAACCAUCAAACAGUUGUUAUCAACAAACCUGGUACGUCGUGUAGCCUUGUGUUGCCUGGCUUCUCCACAUGGCAAACGUCAACAACUAGCCGUGUCACAUGAAAAAGGCAAGGUCACCAUUUUACAACUAUCUGCAUUGCUGAAGCAAGCCGACGCCGCGAAAAAGAAACUUACCCUUACGAGACUUGCAUCUGCGCCGAUUCCAUGCACGGUCUUGUCAUUGGCGUCCAAUCCCGCGAAUGAAGAUUUCCUUGCAGUUUGUGGAUUGAAAGAAUGUCAUAUCCUCACGUUCACCAGCACUGGAGCUACAAACGAACACAUUGUUCUAACGCCCCAACUUGAAACCGGAAAUUUCAUCAAGCGAGCCAUCUGGCUACCAUGCUCACAAACCAAACUGGCCUUGGUUACAGCAGAUUUCGUUAAGAUCUACGAUCUGGCAGAAGAUAGCUACAGUCCACAGUACUAUUUCCUCGUGCCGAGCGGUAAGAUCAGAGAUUGCACGUUUGUGCAUCAAGAAGACACAUAUUACAUGUUGAUCAUGUCCUCUCACGGAUAUAUCUACACACAACCUCUAACUGACGAAAGUCUGGCCAAGCAUGGUCCAUUCUACGUCACCAGCACUCUCGAACUGGACCAUCCCUCAAUAACCGAUGACAACGGACAAAUCUUGGCCGGAGGAGUCUCGAUUUAUUAUUCUCACGUCCUACAGAUGUUGUUCUUCAGCUACGUGGCUGGUCGAAACUUUAUGGCGCCACUAACGAACGUUAAUCAAGGCGUCAAAUGCGUGAUCAACCUGAUCUGCAAUCCUGCGUCGAAAGUUUUCUCCAAAUCGUUGACGCAACCCUUGUGUCAGUGGACCGAAAUUCCCGGACAUCCAGGCCUCAUCUGUGCGAUGAUGCAAAAUCUGAACAAUCCGGUCAUUUUCAUGAUCAAACCAGACGGUUACGUUGCCCAAGAGAUCAAGGCACAGAACGCGAAGGCCAAAAUCAUGGACAUGGUAGCCAUUCGUCAUUCGGUAUCCGGGGUGGAGAAGACCACUUUGAUUCUGUUGUGUGAGGAUGGAAGUCUGCGAAUCUACGCUGCUCAUCCUGAAAACACCGGCUACUGGUUAUCGCCGGAAAUUCAACCUAUAGGCCACCAAUUCCAGACAGGGGCUUACUCAAAGUCUAGAAAAUCGAAGAAGUCAAGCAAGCAAAGCAGUGGAAAUCAAGCAAGUGGCAAGAGUGGAGUGGGAUCCGCUCCAACUUUCCCGAUCGAUUUCUUCGAGCACUGUACCCUGAUGAACGAGGUCGAGUAUGGAGGAAACGAUUUGCUGCAGAUCUACAAUACCCAACACUUGAAACAUCGCCUUAAUUCCACCGGGUUGUAUGUUACUUCUACCCGGGCCAGUGGAUUCACACUGGAUGUCAUGAAUAACGAUCCCAACAUGGUUAUGACAGGAAUCCGCAUUUCCAUCGGGUCACAAGACGUCAGCAAAGCUCCGCAGAGCGUUACUAUACUUGGACGUGUUGUGCCAACGGUUGCAACUCGUGCCCGUUGGUUUGAUAUCCCGAUGACCAGGGAAGAGAGCCUCCAAAGCGAUAAGAAGCUUAGCAUACUUUUUGGACCCUCGCAGGAUGCGGAAAAUAUCACUAUUCUGGACAGUAUCAAAAUCUACGGUAAAACAAAGGACGUAUUUGGUUGGCCAGAAGAAACGGAAGAUGUGGGUUCAUCGCAGUUGAACUCGGCAACUCAAACGCCGGGACAAAUGGCAAAUUCGCUGAAUGGCGGUGAUAACGGUGAUGGAAAUGGUGGCUCAAGUUUGAUGAUCACUCCGCUGGACAAGAUGGUAUCCACGAUGCUUCAAGUGCUGGACAGUGGAUUGUCUCUGCUGGGCGGACCAACCGGCGAUGAGGGUUGCAAACAGGCUGCCGUCGAUGUUGCCACUUCCCUAGUCUUGUAUCCCACAACCAACAUGGUUCAACAAGACGCUCGCAAUGUGCUUGUCACAUGCCAUCCAAAUAAGACAGCAUACCAUGCUUACAAGGACAAAGAAAUACUUGCAGAUAUCAACGCUCAGCUCAAAAAGAUGGCCGAUGCCAGAGACUACAAAUUUAUCGAUCCAGAAGCAUUCUAUCGAGUGGUUCUGAUGACUCGUAGCAUCGCCAUACAGAGACCACAAGCACUCACUAAGAUUUGCUCCGAGAAUCAAUUCCCAAUCUUGCAACAGCUAAUGCAACUGAUGAAGGACUUGUAUAAAAUCACGCCUGCCUACGAGGAACCUUUGGCAAUUGUGAAACAAGGUCUGUCGCAUGUUGAAGCCGUUGUUUACUCACUAGUAGAGAUUAUCUACGCAUUUGCACUGUCCGAUAGCGAAAUGAUUGAGUCGAUGGCCAAGUUCUUCGUCGAGCUGCUGUUGGAUCCUGCACCGAUCAUAAGCCAUAGUGCAAAACAGGCGAUGAUUCGCCUUCUGAGACCGAAAAUUCGACGUCGUAAAGUGCUCAUCGAAAGCCCACCGGUUUGCUCAACUCCUACUCCAUCGACGGUGACCUCGAUUGUAGCCGGGCCUUCAACAUCUGCUGGACCAUCAUCGUCGGCCGGUGCUGUAGGAGGAUCCGUAGCAUCAGGAUCCAGUGGUCUUGCUGUUGGUGGUGCUGCUGCAAACGAGGAAUUCGCAGGAGCAAUGCAAGAAGUAGAUGCCAUAGAAUCCCUUGGUCUGGAGCCAUCCGGUGGAAAUCAGGCCUUGGCAUCAUUGGAGGCUUUGUUAGGAGUGGGUUUCCCGCAUUUGCUGGAAGCUCCUGACGCAGACGAUGAAACCAUUAUGGAAAUAGCUAUCGCAUUGAGUUUGCAAGACAACGAGACGGAUUUGGCUGCUUUGCAGCAAAGUAUCGCCCAAUACCAGGGCAGAAAUCGCAACCAAGCUCAAGGACUGCCAGCGGCGAUUGCGGGAGGUUCUUCAUUCAACGUUGAGUCCAACGCUUCAGGUGGUGGUUCCGAUGAUGAUGAAAUAUCGAACGUUGCUACAGAAGGUUCAACAUUGCGAACAUCCCCAGCUGGAGAACACGCCGGAAGUGGUAGCGGUGGAUCGGAAAGUGGUUGUAGCGGAGUUGAAAGCAUUGGUGGAACAUCAGGAAGAAGCUCAACCUAUGAAGAGCAACCGAAUCCAUCUCCUCCAAGGACCUCCGGGGUUGAUCAAAUUCCACCACAACCGGUGGCUCCUCCAGAAACUGAAGAAACCGGAGGUGAAAAUGCUUGCAAACUGCACGUGCUAAGGUACUCUAUCCUGAACAAACUCGUUGAUAACUUCGCCACAUUGGACACAGUUAACGGCUCGCAAUGUAUUCCAUUUAUGCAAGUUAUUCUGAUGUUGACUUCCGAUUUGGACGGAAGUCAAGAAGCUGACCAACAAGUGAUGAAUCGCUUACUGCAAGCAUUGAUUGACCGUCUCGAGAUACCCACUACGAAAACCUACCAGAUGUCGAAUCGCACAUCGAAAACCGAAGUGCAACUCAUCAUUCUUCGCCUGGUCGGAGUACUAAUGGGUAAGGUGAAAUCAAAAUCGUCGUCAUCAUCUGCUGCGGGCGGAUCUUCAUCCGUUGUAAGCCAAGCCGUUCUCGACAAUGCUUCCUUCGUAGCACAAGCAACUGCCAACGCUCUGAUGAAGAACAAUGCGAUUCCAUACUGUCUGAUGAUUAUGGAGUCCUUCCUCCCUCACUGGAAGAAUGUUGCCAACAAUGAAGAACUUCUUUCCGGCACGACCACGGCUAACACCAAUACUGGCCCAGUAAUUACAACGCCUGGGGGAGCUCCAACUAACAAUCUACUUAAAGCGACCCUCUAUGGACUCUCGCCCGAUAUGCAGCCGUUCUUUGCCCGGCAGUGUGUCAAAGGCUGCACCGAUGUUUUCGAGCUGUACCCACAAGUUCUCACAGAGAUGGCAGUGCGUUUGCCUUACCAAAUACUUAAGCUUUCGUCGGGUCAUCCGUCAUCACACGAUUGGUAUCAUCUGCUGUGUGAAUACAUGACAAACACUCUGUGCGAGUAUAUGAUGUACAUGCAGUCGCCUGGGUUGCGUCGACAAGUUCGCAAGCUUCUGUUGUAUAUCUGUGGCAACAAGGAAAAAUAUCGCCAGCUACGUGAUCUUCACUCGCUGGACACUCACAUGAAAGCCGUUAAAGAUUGUUGCGACGGCAGUGCCCCGCCGAUUUCAUCCAUUGGAUCCAGCACGAGUGCAAUUCUAAGCUACGAUGCACUCGUUGAACUGACCGAACACUUCCGAGCUUGUCAGGAAAUUGCUUCAAUUCGUACCGGAAACUGGCAGAAAUUCUGCGUUCGUAACUCCGAUAUUCUCCCAUCUCUGCUGAACAUCAGCUGCUGCCAGUUGGAAGAAGGUGUUUCUUCAAUCAUCCUGCAAUUGCUGCAAUCGGCCAUCUGUAACACCCAAGGAGUCAAACAGGAUUCGGGAUCGGCAUCCGCAACGAGCAUGAAAAUAUCAGUGCUGAAAGAACGCAAAGAUCGAGACAAAUCCGAGGAAUCCGACACAGCAACGGAGUCGAAAUUCGAUCCGGCUCAAUGCGUGGCUCUAGUGACUCAAAUUUUCAACCAAGUACCGUUCCAAAACCUGACCAAAUUCAUUCGAAGCUUCCUCCUGGAGACAAACUCAACUGCCAUACGUUGGCAAGCCCAUAGUUUGGUGUACGCCUUCUAUGAAAAUAGUAGCGAAGCCAACAAGGAAAUGCUCCUGCAAUGCCUGUGGGGACUUUGGCCACUGCUACCGGCGUAUGGAAAACGAACGGCUCAAUUUGUAGAUCUAUUGGGUUUCCUUACGCUCAACACAAAAUCAUUGAGCGACAAGCUUCCCGACUACACGGCUCAAGCAGUUUCUGUUCUGCGGCAGCAAAAUGAGUUGCUAUCAAAACAUCCAAACGCCCCCAUUUACACUGCCCUUGGGCACGUCCUGGAGUUGGAAGGAUUUUAUCUGGAGUCUGAACCGUGCUUGGUAUGCAACAAUCCCGAAGUACCCUACUCAAACAUCAAACUUUCCACGGUCAAGGUGGAUUCCAAGUUCACAACAACUACAACCAUCGUAAAACUUGUUCAAAGUCACACGAUUUCGAAGAUCAUCCUUCGUAUUGCUGACCUGAAAAGAGCAAAGAUGGUGCGCACUAUCAACAUUUACUACAACAAUCGAACUGUGCAGGCCGUAGUGGAACUCAAAAAUCGGCCCUCAAUGUGGCACAAGGCUCGUAAGGUGACUCUCCAGUCGGGACAAACGGAUGUCAAGAUUGAUUUCUCCCUUCCGAUAACGGCAUGUAAUUUGAUGAUCGAGUAUGCCGACUUCUACGAAACCGUCAGCGGAUCCAGUGAAAGCCUUCAGUGUCCUCGUUGCAGCGCCGUGGUAGCAGCUAAUCCGGGUGUUUGCGGUAACUGUGGCGAGAAUGUGUUCCAGUGUCACAAGUGUCGUGCCAUCAACUACGACGAAAAGGAUCCGUUCCUCUGUCAUUCGUGUGGUUUUUGCAAGUAUGCCAAAUUCGAUUACAGCAUCUUCGGAAGAGCAUGCUGCGCUGUGGAUCCAAUAGAAUCGGCUGAAGAUCGAACCAAAACGGUGCAAACCAUCCAUGCAUCACUGGACAAGGCCGAUCGUUCGUACAAAACGUUACAGAACAAUAAGCAAAUAUUGGAACUGCUUGUCCAGAAGGUGGCUGAGCAUAAGCUGGAUCGAACACUGGAUGAAACGUUGAUCGGGUCGGUUGUUGGUUCGUCGCAGGUGAAUAAAGUGAUCCAGUUGCUGGCGCAAAAGUACUGCGUGGAGUCCAAGUCAACGUUUGAAGAGCUGAGCAAGAUCAUUCAAAAAGUGCAGGCUUGUAGAAGAGAAUUAGUGGCGUAUGAUCGUAGUCAGAUGGACGCAGCAAGUGGCGGACCGAUAGCUGCUGGAUCUCCGUCGGAUAAGGCCGUUGCGCUCAAUAAAUGCUACGGUUGCGCCCUGGCAUCGACGGAACAAUGCUUGACGCUGUUGAGAGCAAUGGCAUCCAACAUGCCGUGCCGUGUGGGACUCUGCAAUCAGGGUCUGGUGCAGGAGCUAGCUCUGAACAAUUUGCGUCGUGGAACAAAUCAAAUCCAGGAUGAAGUUCGGCAAUUGCUUUGCCUGUUGACUCGAGACCUACCGGACGCGACCUCUGAUUUGUGUCAGUUGUUGCAGGAUCGAGUAAAAAUGGCGCUCAGCGGAACAGUUCCGUUGGCUAACCUGGACUCGGCCGUACGACACGAAAUGGGCCUGCUGGAAGCAAUGACAGCACAGGACGAUUCAUGUUGGGAACUGAAGCUGCGGACAGUAAUUGAAUUGUUCUUGCAAGCGUCAAGGGAUGUCCGUGGACCUGCAGUAGCCGUAAUUCAACCAUGUUUGCGUAUAGUGCAGUCGUUGAUGUGUCCACCGUUGCCAAUCAGCAAAACUAACAAAGAUUUGACGACCCAGGAUUUAUGUACCGUGCAGCCAACCGAGGGACUCACCAUAAGCUACGAGAAGUGGAUUACCGGAGAUCCGCAGCAUUCAUUCGCGGCAUGGAAAGCCCGCAUGCCACCAAUCACCGGUACAGCGACACCACGUGCCGAGGACAGUUCUAUACAGAUGACACUAGCGGCAGAUUCAGCUGCUGGAGAAACAGACGCUACGACACCAAUUAGCAGCUAUCGCUCGGUAUUGGAACAGAAACGCAACCGAUACCGUAAGGCAUAUCUUCAUGAAAAAUACGGAAAGCGUUGGCGUCAAAAAGUGCUCAACAAAGGCGUGAAUGCGGUUCCGUUGGAGCUGACAGCAGCCUGGUUGCAACCGGUUCUUUUCAAUACCAACUCUCGCCUGGGACGCCAGCUAGCUUGUGCUUUGGUAACAUCCCUCAGUAGAACUCCGGAACGCAAACGGGAGAUACUGGAUUUGCUCACUAGUUUCCUCAAAAACAUCGGCGAAUGUGGUGAAGCUAGUGCUGAAUUCAUCGCUCUCUAUCGUAUUCUAGCCGAUGAGACUCCAUGGCGUCAGUAUUUGGCGUUAAAGGGAGUCCUCUCGUUGAUUGCCGAUUUGUUAACUGUGGAAAUCGAAAAAAUCCAUCGCCUGGAGGAGACAACUCUUUCCUCGGAUCUGGCACAGGGUUACGCUUUGAGACAGUUGGUAGAAAUGAUGGCGAUGUUCUUGGACAACCCGCCAAUUAGAAAAGCCUUCAAAGGCAAACUGCUAGGAUCUGUCUUACAAGGUUACUUGAACUUGCGGAAGCUGGUGGUGCAAAGAACUCGCUUGAUCGACGAUGCUCAAGAAAAAUUGCUGGAAAUGCUGGAAGAAAUGACCACCGGAACGGAGGAAGAAACUGCAGCAUUCAUGGCUGUUUGCAUUGAUACCGUUCGGAAGACACCUACAUCGGACGUCAAAACUCCUGUGUUCAUGUUUGAACGACUUUGCUCUAUUAUUCAUCCUGAAGAGAACGAUGUGGGAGAGUUCUUCUUAACGCUGGAGAAAGAUCCCCAGCAGGAAGAUUUCUUGCAAGGGAGGAUGUUGGGUAACCCGUAUCCAUCGAACGAAGCUGGUUUGGGUCCAUUGAUGAGAGAUGUCAAGAACAAGAUUUGCAUUGAUUGUGAACUGGUAGCUCUGCUGGAUGACGACAAUGGAAUGGAACUGCUGGUGCACAACAAGAUUAUCAGUUUGGAUUUGCCGGUGAAGGAAGUCUACAAGAAGGUCUGGCUUCAAGAAGGAGGGGAACGCGAUGCAAUGAGAAUCGUGUAUCGCAUGCGUGGUCUUCUAGGAGAUGCAACCGAAGAAUUCAUCGAAACCCUGAAUGCCAAGAGCCAAGAAGAAGUGGACAACGAACAACUGUAUCGCAUGGCAAAUGUUCUGGCAGAUUGUGAUGGUCUGAAAGUGAUGCUUGAUCGAAUUGGCAGCCUACAGAACGUAUCGAGAUCAAGAACCUUGUUGCAAGUACUGCUAAAACUGUUCUUGCUAAGCGUGAAAGUUCGUCGUUGUCAAGAGGUUCUCUGUCAACCGGAACUGGGAGCAAUUAACACCCUUUUGAAAGUGCUUCAAUUGUGUUUGCAAAGCGAAAAUGAUGCCCAACAAUCGGCAGUGACUGAACAGCUGUUGGAAAUCAUGGAAACCAUUCUUUCAAAGGCGGCAUCCGACACUCUCGAUUCGUUCUUGCAAUUUUCACUCACCUUCGGAGGACCCGAAUACGUACAAGCUCUGUUGUCAUGUACAAACUGCGCAAAUGUACGCAACAGCCCGUCGGUUUUGCGGCACCUCAUUCGAGUUUUAGCAGCCCUCGUGUAUGGCAAUGACAUCAAGAUGGCUUUGCUAUGUGAACACUUCAAAGAAGUUUUCGAUUUCAACAAGUUUGACGCCGACCGUUCUCCGGAAGAUGAGUUUAAGAUGGAACUUUUCUGCGUUCUGACCACAGGCAUCGAACAUAACUCAAUCGGUGGUAUUUUGAAGGAUUACAUCAUGAGUCUGGGCAUCGUGGAUAAAGCUUUGGAGUAUAUCAAGAGUCAUGCACCGUGUGUCAAACCAACUCUACUGAGGACCGAUUCGGACGAACUAAAAGAAUUCAUCUCUCGGGCAUCUCUGAAAUACAUUCUUCGCUUUUUGACUGGGCUGGCUACGAAACAUGAAGCUACUCAACUUGCUGUGGCCAAGGAUAUAAUCCCAAUCAUCCACCGUUUGGAACAGGUUUCUAGCGACGAACACGUUGGGUCGUUGGCUGAAAACCUACUGGAAGCUCUUUGCACCGAACCGGUAACAGCGAAACGUGUCCAGGAAGUUCGUGAUUUCACAAGGGCUGAGAAGAAACGCCUUGCUAUGGCUACCCGCGAAAAACAACUAGACGCCCUAGGAAUGCGGACGAAUGAAAAGGGUCAGGUCACCGCGAAGGGAUCAAUUCUGUCACAGAUAGAAAAACUGCGUGAAGAAACUGGUUUGGCGUGUUUCAUCUGCCGCGAAGGCUAUGCUUGUCAACCGAACAAAGUUUUGGGUAUUUACACAUUUACCAAACGAGCAAAUGUCGAGGAGUUCGAAAUGAAGCAGAAGAAAACGGUUGGAUACACCACGGUUACGCAUUUCAACAUAGUGCACGUCGACUGUCACAUGUCGGCCAUUCGAUUGGCCAGAAGCCGCGAUGAAUGGGAAAGUGCUUCACUGCAGAAUGCCAACACUCGCUGCAAUGGGCUACUACCAUUGUGGGGUCCAGAUGUCAGCGAAUCGUCCUUCUCAUCAUCCAUGGCUCGUCACAACAAUUACAUGCAGGAAUCUACUCAGCGCUGUGAAAUAACCUUCAGCAGUUCUAUCCAUGACUUGAAGCUUUUGUUACUUCGUUUUGCCCAAGAAAAAAGCUUCCACGAAGAUGCCGGAGGUGGUGGUCCACAAUCCAACAUGCACCUUGUUCCUUAUUUGCUGUUCUACAGUUUGUACACGCUGCUUUCAUCGCGUUCGUAUUCACGGGAGGAGAUGAUUCUUUCCGCUUACAUAACCCAUAAACCGUCGGAUCGUUGGUUGGAAUGCGCUUACGAGUCGGAAGGACCUCUCUAUUUGAUAACCAUGUCGCUAGCUUUGCACACCCCCGGAAUUUGGAAUCGAAACAAAUUGGCUCAUCUGAAACGAAUGAUCAGCAUCGGUCAUGCUCGUCACGUUAGUCCAAACACCAUCUGUAAGUUUGUGGCACCGAACGAUAAAUCCCAGAAGGACUACGUUGUCUACAAACCGUACCUGCUGAUGUGGGGUUUGGUAGAUUUGAUCUACAAAAACUUCUUCCGUACGGUGACUACCCCGAAGGAUGAGGAUUGGCCAAUUUCGUUAUUCGAUUACAUUCGCCGUAACGACGAAGCCAUGUUGAAACACGCCGAUGGAACCCUGGAAACGUUCACGGAAGAGUACGUACCGUGCACCUCGUUUGCAGAGUUUUGCGAUGUAGCUGGUCUUUUGGGUGACAUCGAAAAUCCCGAUGAAUGGAUCGACGAACUGUUGCAGUCCUUACCCUCACCCGGAACGACAUCAACUGCUGCAGGAUCGACUACGAAUACGGGCUCAGGAAGCACUGCGGCUGGUGGUACUACUUCGAACGCUUGAGUUUGGUCGCUUUUUGCAAGCAACGACGAAGAUGACGAUUGGUGAUGGUAAUGUAAUUGCCCUCAACGUAUAAUUGUUAUAACUUUUCAACUAUAUCCAUAAUCGCAUUAUAAUAAAUUCAAUACAAUUAAAGCACUGAUAGUAGCGAUGCUAAAUGAAUCGUAAUAAAACAGGCACCCUGUGUCUAGCAGCUUAAAAGCACUGACGAUAUAUCAAAUAUAACUCAAUAAAUAACCCGCAUUGUUGCAAUAUGUGUGAUUAAUGAAUUUCAAUACCCAUUCAAAUAAAUUAUCCAGCAAUUCAAA